AUGGAUUGCCCCUUUCGAGUGUGGUACCAGGACGAGAUCAUCAAAAGGUGGAAGGACGAAUUGAAUAAUCUGCUGAUAUUUGCUGGUCUGUUCUCGGCUGUGCUCACAGCAUUCGUGAUCGAAUACUAUCCAGCCCUCCAACCAUCGACGACCGACACCACUACACAACUUCUGAUGAUCAUGUCUGCGCAGCUGGAGGUUCUUACUGCUGGUGCUAGUUGCAACAACUCAUCUCUCCUAUCCAUGUCUGCGCUUGUUAGUUCGUCCCCAGCAUCGAAAGCUUCAUCCCAAGUUGUGGCAGUUAAUGGUCUAUGGUUUGCUGCGCUCGUCUUCAGCCUCGGCGCAGCAUCCCUCGCUAUAUCCUGCCGAGAUCUGGUACUUGCGACAUCGAAGCCUCGAUCGAUGCAAGGUUCCAUCAGUGUUCUCCCUGUCCUCUUCCAAGUCUCGCUGGCUCUAUUCCUCGUCGGAUUGGUCGUACUGUUAUGGCCAUUGAAUACUUCCAUAUCUGCUGCUGUGUGUGUGCUGGUUUCCCUGCUGCUAAUGAGCACCAUUGGUUCUGCACUGAUUCCUGCUAUCGUCACUGACUGUGCCUACAAGUCUCCGCAGGCAUGGUGGUGGAUAAAGCUGCUACGUGGUCUUCAGAAAUUGGUUUAUUCUGUUGGCUACAAGUUGGCGUUCCGCCUUCACUUUCGUGGGUGGCUCGUCACCGAUGAGUCGCAAAAGAUCUCCUUCAGGCAAUGGAAGGCCUCUCUCGGGCAGUGGAGGGCCUGUCUUGAACAGUGGAAAGCUCCGCUCAAGCGGUUGGUGGACAUUCUCAAGCAGUACAAGACCUCUUUUGGACAGCAGAGGACUGCCCGUCGUGUCUGUAGGUUCCUUAAUUUUUACUUUUGA